AUGGCAUUAAGAAUUCCUGGAUUGAAGAAACCAGUAUCAGUGAAUAUAGAGUUAUUCUACGACGAGGCGGUGCUGUCAUGGAGCAAACGUCUCCUGAGCUUAUCCGGUCUGUGGCCGGAUAAUCGGAACGACGUUCGGUUCUUCUUCUAUAUUACCUACGUCAUGACAUUCACCUUGCUGGAGAUCGUGACGCUGUUGCAGAACGUGCACGACCUUGAGAAGACGCUGAAAAAUAUCACGCUAUCGUUCCCGACCAUCUUGAUAGUACUGAAGGCCGUGAUGUUUCGGCUGAACAUGCAUCACGUGUUACCUUUGCUGGCAGUCGUGAAAAGGGAUGUAGCGUACGGCUUGUAUCGGUCGCAGGAGGAACGGCGAACGGUGGUGUGGUACAACGUGGCCGCCACCAUGUUCUCCACCUCGUCAGCCUUGUCUUUGUUCUUCGUGCCCACGUUGUUUUACGCGAAGCCGAUCGUCAGCUGUCUUUUAUCGAACUACGAUAAUUGCACUCUUCCUUACGAGCUACCUAUGAGGGUGAAUCCUGUCUACGAAAUAACGGAAAUGUAUACGUACGUGUUAUUCUGCAUCUGUUUAAUACCAACGAGUAUGUUACUAACAAUCGGUGCAACUGGUUCGGAUAGCCUUUUGGUGACACUGAACUUUUACAUUUGUAGUCAACUCUCGAUUUUAUCUCGACGUGUUAGAAACAUCGACAGCGAUCCGCAGAAACACUUCUCAAAAAUGCGACCACUUGUCGAACGACACACUGAACUACUGGGGUUGGCAACAACCUUGGCAGAAACGUUCAGUUCCCUUAUGUUCGUGCAAACGGUGGGUUUGAUAUUCUCGCUGUGCAUCGUGAUCUACCAAUUACUUAUGACAAAUGAAUCGUCUGGCGGAGACGUGAACACGAUACAUUUUAUUAUAUAUUCUUGCGCAGUCGUGUUAUUAGCAUUUUGUUACUGUUUCCUGGGAGAAUGUCUAAUUGCGGAGAGCACUGAUAUACAGGAUUCCUGUUACUUUACGAACUGGUAUGAUUUACCUAAUGAUUAUGCGCGAUCCUUAAUGUUUUGCAUCGCCAGAGCCCAGAAGCCGUCGUACUUAACCGCUGGAAAGUUCUACGUGUUCUCGUUAGAAACAUUUGGCGUCAUAAUAAAAGCAUCGAUGGCGUAUCUUUCAGUCUUGAGAGGUGUUAUGUAAAUGACUAGGGAUCUUCGAUAAACGUAUUAAAUAUUUUCGGA